AUGUCAAAUGAAUUAUUGCUUCAUAGUAAACUGAGCAAACAUUUAAAAACUAAACAUCCUCAUUUACAAGAUAAAUCUACAAAUUAUUUUAAGAGAUUGUCUGAACAGCAAACUAAAGCGGCAAAUUCUUCCAUAAAUAAAAUCACAGUCUCUGAGAAAGCUCAAAUUGCCUCCUACCAAGUUUCACAACUGAUAGCACAAAAUAUGAAAGCUCAUACUAUAGGCGAGCCACUCAUUUUGCCUGCGUGCAAAAAGGUAGUCGCGACAAUUCUUGGGAAUGAAACAGCAAAAGAAAUAAACAAAGAUUCCACUGUCCAACGAUACAGUUGA